AAAAGAUUCCAACAGGAUCUCACGGUCAUCAUUUCCGGGCAAGUUCUGCAUAUCCUCCGACAAAAUGAAUUUUUAUCCACCACCUCCUGUGAUCAAAGCAGAGAUUUAUCUCCACAUCCCAGACGACAAGCGCUGCUUAGGCCAAGAGUCAGAAUGGCGCGGGGGCUUUGCGGGGUCGUUCCAGCACAUCUUCCUUGAAGGUCCAGUUGUCGAUAGCGCUGGGAAUCUCUAUGUCGUGGACAUUCCUUAUGGCCGUAUUCUCAAGAUUGAUCACCAGAAGGAUGUUACCGUUGCUUGUUCUUGGGAUGGCGAGCCGAAUGGUCUCGUGGGGACUGUUCAUGGAGAUUUGUUGGUGGCAGACUACAAGCAGGGCAUACUAUCGUUUGAUCCCGAGACAGGGAAGAUAGGUCCAAAGUUGACGAGGAAGAACCUUGAGAGAUUUAAAGGCCCGAAUGACUUGAUUGUCGAUUCAAAGGGAAAUCUCUACUUCACAGACCAAGGUCAAACCGGAAUGACUGAUCCAACAGGCCGUGUCUACCGUUUAUCAGCUGAUGGAAGACUCGAUACCCUCCUUGACAACGGCCCCUCACCCAAUGGUCUCGUGCUCUCACGAGACGAGCGCUUUCUCUACGUCGCUAUGACAAGAGCAAACCAAGUCUGGCGCCUACCCUUACACGCAGACGGCACUACUUCCAAAGUUGGGGUGUUCUUCCAGUCUUUUGGGAACGCGGGUCCUGAUGGUCUGGCCCUAGAUGAAGAAGGGAAUUUGUUCAUCUGCCAUCCAAGUCUUGGUUCAAUCUUUGUGGUCGAUACUCAUGGUGUGCCUAAGGCUCGAAUUGUUAGUGGAUCACCGGGAAUCAAUCUGACAAAUUGCUGUUUUGGAGGACCGGAGCAUAAGACUUUAUUCAUCACUGAUAGUUUGGAGGGGAAUAUUCAGACGGUGGAGUGGCAUUGUCGGGGAGCUGUGGCUGCGCCGUCACUGAAACAAAGCAAGUAGCAGUAAAUAACGAUAAAUUUAAACUUUAACCGC